AUGCUUCGGAGUAUCGCAGAAGUGAUAAUUUCCCCAGCGAUUUUCUGUCCCACUAGCAGACGACACAUUCCUACAACAUCCGAAUGUUCUUUGGCAACGUUUGGCGACAUCGUGGACUCGGCCGAAUAUGCAGCCUACAUUUACCACACGGGAGAUAUAGUGGAUCAUGGCGUAUGGGAAACGUCGUUUGGCCACAACAUUCGUACCAUGAACCGGUUGCACAACAAACUGUUGGAAGCUUUUCCGGAUACGCCCGUUUACAACGCCAUAGGCAACCAUGAGGCUCAUCCAAUGAAUGUCUUCGCACCGACCAUUGCGAAUCGUCCGGAGUUCUCGGUUGGAUGGUUGUACAGCUACUUGGCGGAUGUUUGGGGACACUGGCUGCCACGCUCGACUGUGAAUUCAAUCCGUCAGGGUGGAUUCUAUACGACACUAGUUCGACCGGGUUUACGAUUGGUUGCUGUCAACAAUCAGGAUUGUUACACGUACAACUGGUGGAUAAUAUGGAAUCCGGGUUAUCUUGCAACCCAACUCCAGUGGUUGCACGAUGUUUUACUGCUUGCAGAGCAGAACGGCGAGAAGGUACAUCUACUUGCUCACAUUCCGUACAGCUCGAGUGGUUCGACUUACUUUGUUUGUCAACGAGAGUUCCGACGGAUCGUCGAACGAUUCCACAAUACGAUAAGUGCGCAGUUUAAUGGUCAUACUCAUAGGGAUGAAUUUAAUGUGUUUUACUCGCGAGAAAACCCUCAACACGCCAUCAACGUUGCGUGGAAUGGCGGUAGCGCAACGGCUUUUAGCGACAUUAAUCUGAAUUACAUCGUAUAUUACGUAGAUCCUGAAACAUUCCAAGUUACCGACUACGAAUCCUACAUCUUCAACCUUACGGAAGCCAAUCUAUUCCCGGAUCGACGGCCGACUUGGUUCAAACAGUACUCGUUUGCCGAUGCGUUCGGAAUGCACAACCUAAGUCCAGCGGAAGCUGAUAAGAUGGUGAAACGACUCGGCACACCGGCCGGACGACUCGAGCUGCGAAUGUACUGGGAGUUCAAGGUCAAAUGGGGAGAUCCUUCUCUGGGUGCCGGUUGCGAUGACGACUGUCUACUUAAUCAUCUGUGCGAAAUUGUCGUUACCGAACUGAACGAUGAUGUGAAAUGUGACGAGCUGAGAGAAACGUUUUUCGAUUGAUGGAAAAUGAGUGAAAAAACAAACAAUCGGGAUUUGAAUAUAUGUUGAUGAUUUACAAAUGACUUCUAGGAAGUCAAACACU